CAGAACAGCCAUUGUAUCCUAAAGAAUGCAGUCUGCUUGGCAGAGAUACGGAGUUUGUUCCUCAUGUCUGAAAAGGCAGCUAAAUGAUUUAAUUAAAUGGCAAAGGAGAUUGGUUCCAGGAUGCAUCAGAUCUAUUUACAGUGAGACGGGCAAGUGGGAAAGAAACUAUGGAUUAGAAACAAGAAAGAAAAUUGAGAAGUGGUGGCUUCCGAGAAUGAAGGAACAGUUUUGCAAAACAUCAGAAAUAGAUAAAUCAAGACCAAAGUUUUAUGUGCUUUCAAUGUUCCCAUACCCUUCUGGAAAGCUUCACAUGGGCCAUGUUCGUGUCUAUACCAUCAGUGACACAAUAGCACGGUUCCAGAAAAUGAGAGGGAUGCAGGUGAUAAAUCCAAUGGGAUGGGAUGCAUUUGGAUUACCUGCAGAAAAUGCUGCAAUUGAACAUGGGCUGCACCCAGCAAACUGGACACAAAGUAAUAUUAAACACAUGCGGGAUCAGCUUGAUGCACUGGGUCUGUCUUUUAGCUGGGAACGGAUGGCUGGUUCUUUGCAAAUAUUUAACUAAGAUGUUUAAUGGCCUGAACAGCUGUGCAGAAAUGAAGAUAUAUACUUAUUUAAUGGAAAAAUCAGCCAACAUUGCCAGAGCCACAUCUCCUGAAAAAUGAUAGGAAAAUACUCUUUAUUAUGGGUUGAUCAAACUACCCAUGGCUCUUUGAUAAACAGGAGUUUCCUGUUUUAGUGGAAAUGUAUUGAUUUUGCUUAAAUAUGUGCCUCCUCUAUUUCAAUAGAGCUUGACAGGUAACACAUAUAUACUAGAAGAGCAUGGUAAAAACAAAAUUUAAUAAAAACGAAAUUGUAAUACUUAAAAUGCACAACUGCACUUACAAAGCUGACUGAAUGUAAAAUUAUCUUUGGCUAUGUUGCAAACUCCUGUGCAAGACUAGUGGAACCCAGAUGUGGUUUUAUUACUUAACUGAGGUAUAACGUAGAUAAGGAAUUUCCUAUUUUGUCUAGAUACUGGAGGUCAGCCUCUUGUAUACUUGUUUUUAUUAGUUUCUGUCACAACCUAAAAGAUACCAUUUUAUGUUUUGGUUUGCAUAUUGUGGUCAGUAAAAUUGCAAGAUAGAACACUGCAGGAUCUCAUGGUCAGCUUUAUAACAUUAUCAGAAUAUAGCAACAUUAUUUCAGAGAGCCAGUAACUCAGAUCUCUUAGUAUAUUGUUUGCAUUUAAAACAAACAUAAUUAAUGGAAUUAGUGGAAUUAGUAGUAAUGGUCUAUACCAGUGGUCCCCAACCUUUCGGGGCUGUCGCGCGCCCGGGGGCGGGGCCGGCCCAGAUCUUUCAGCAGGCGCACAUAAAUGCCCCAGCGGGCGCCAUGGCACCUGCGGGCACCGCGUUGGGGACCACUGGUCUACACUAUUACACAGAAGGAAGAGGUCCUGGCCUUUAAGGAGUUUGGCCAGUAAAAUUACUGUGAACAUGUGGUGAGAGAAACUUGGGUUUGAAUUUAACAUAAAUUGUUAAUAGGGUUGCCAGAUAGUUUCACAAAAAAUACCGAACAUGGCAGGGAAAAAAAAUUGGUUGAGCUGGGACGGGGGGGAAGACCUGCAGACACAGCAGGGAAAAACUGUCCCCACCUGCCUUCCAUCCAAGAGAAACAGAAAAUACAGGUAUUUUCUGGGGUGUUUUUUUUUUUUUUUUUUUUAACCGGACAGAAGACACAAUUGCCGGACUGUCCAGGUGAAAACCACACACCUGGUAAUCCUAACCCCAUGGAAGGAAGGGGUGAGGGGGCUUCUCUUCCCUGCCCCGCUUACAAGGUAUUCCUCCCCUUCCUCCCCCCGCCUUUCCCUCAGGUUCCACAUGCCUCCUUAACAGUUAAGGAGGCAUUGCGUCCAGUGUAGGGCUAGCUUAGGCUACAAGACACUGCUCCUUGAUGCAACCAGCUUAUUGCAGGGAAGGAGUUCUGGGGCUUGCCCAGAUGUGGCCACCCCUUCCUCCCUAAAUGCACCUCAUGCAGGGAAGGGGCUGGGGGUGAUUCUCUUCCUUCCCACUCCUGCAAUGUAUCCCCCACCCCCGCUCCAGUCCUGCAUGCCUCUCUUAACAGAGGCUAGCCAGCCUAUUCAGGGAAGGGGGCGGGAGGAGGGGGGAAGCUGGCCCUGCUGUGGCUUCCCCUUAGUUCCAAAAGGUGCCGCAUGCAGUGAAGGGGCUCAGGGGCUUCCCUUCCCUCCCACUUUGAGAAUGGAUCCCCUCCCCUCUCCUCUCAUUCUGCUCACGGCAAAAGGAGUUUUGCUGGCAGCCUCCUGGGCCUGGGCCUGGGCCUGG